GAACCAUUAAAAAUGAGGUUACGUAAUGCGGCUAUGUCGAGCUGUGCAAUCAACGUUUACACCCCGGUGUCAAAAUGCAGGCUUGUUCUAGGCUGUCCCACACAGCUUGUUUGCCAACCCCGUCGACGACAACGACAUGCUCAUCGACACAGAUAUAGUCAAGUCCAAGCAGGACUCUGUCGAAGACAGCAACCCUUCGCGUGCACCAUCAUCCUUGCAGCAACCUCCUCCAACAUUCGAGGAAAGUGUUGCAGACCAUGUUCUGCACUUCUCUGAGGACGACAUUUUGAAUUCGACACAGCAGCAAGGCGGCGAGGAUCCGCCCGAUUUUUCCCCUUACAACGCCCAGUUCUUUACUUCCCAUUCUGGUGACAUUAUCUCUCAUGAUCCUCAUCUCAAUGAUGACGGCGAAGCCCUAUACCGUUUCUUGCUUUCACAGGCCUUGGCGCGACCCACCGUCAUGUUGCGAUGCAAAGGGUCACACAACGAGACACAUACGCGAAUGGUCCACUCGCGUCACAAUGGACAGACCAGUAUGAAGACUGAGCAGUAUACCGAGCACAUAAUAGAUUUCGAUUUUUGCAUAGACGUAGGGCAGUACAUCUUCGGAGAGCCAACCCACUGGUCAUAUGCCGAUUCCACCCCUGCAUAUAGGGGGCGCAUGUAUCAAGAAAUGGGCAUCUCAGAGGAGAGACGGAAGGCCCAGAAGUCAGAAAGAAAGGCAGCAAAGGCGUGGGACGCAGAGCGCGCCCGCAGGGGGUUCCCUCCGUGGAUCGGUAGCGACUACGCAUGGAGAGAGGACCAGCAGUAUUCCAUGCAAACGAACGCUGUCCUCAAAUCAUCGUGGACAUUGCGUCAAUGGGCAGACGACUAUUGUGCUAGUCGCAAGUACUUGAAAGAAUUUAAUUACCACAAGAUUGCUUAUGGUUGGAACUUUGAGGCCAUCAGGAUCGCUGCUAUUUCCGUCGUUAAUUCUACCCAUUAUCGGGGUGACUUGACCGUCCAAUUUGAAACAUCCCAAAACAUCGUCUCUGUCCGGUCUCACAAUCGCCUCUCCCGCGCUCUUUCAAACCGUUGGAUCAAGUUUCUGCUGUUUCUCACGCUCAUAUACCCCUUUAUAUGGCUAUUCAAACGUUUCCACUCACGCGGUGGUGGACGCUGGGAUGUCUGUGGCGGUGCAUAUGCGCUGAAGCGCGUCGAACAGGCUGCAAAGCAAUCUGCUCCAGAUCUUGUACACGCGGAGAGUCCUUUCCGUGAUGUGUUUGAGACCGUGGAUACCACCGCCCAAGGAUCUUCCAUUGCUGACUCUUCCGGCCGACGGACGAAAGUCGUUGGAACGCGAGAAGGAGAGUGGUUUAGGCAAUGGGAAGGAACCAUCAGAAGAGCGGUGCAGAACAGGCUGCAGGACAAACAACCCUUUACAAUGCCGGAUGAUCAACUUGAAACUCAGACAUUGGUGUUGGAUGGGUAUUGAACACCCUGCCCAUACCCAUCACCCUGGUUGUUUAUCUUUGGUAAUAUUGCAUGCAAAAAAUGUUAUGUCCGAGUUGAUAACGGUGUCAAUGACA